GGGUUAAUCAUAAACCGCUUUGAAGCAGUAGGAGGGAUUUGUGUGGUUUGUGAUUUCCUGGUAGUCUGUAUGAGUACUCGUUACUUCAGUUUCUAUCUCUAUCUCUGUUUCUCUUUCUCUUCGUUUCUCAUUCUGUACCCGCCUAUCCUUAUUUGUUUCAAAGUUAAUGUUUUGUCACCUGACAUUGAAAAGAAACUUUUUUUUAUUCCACAACUCUUCAGUUGUAAGGUCUGUCGUAAUCUUCUUCUUUACAAACAGGCAGCUAUAAAAGUGAAGAGAGGAAUCUGGGCAACUGAAUCUGAUAUUUUUUCUGUACUCCUUACUUGAUAUGUGAUGGGCUAUGUGCUGAGGUAUUAUGAAAGUGUCUUUUCAAGAAUAAAAGAUUAAAAAAAAAUGUACUGAGUGACUGUUAACCAGUAUGUCUUUAAGGAUUGUUAUGGAAUUAAUUCUGAAAAUACUGGUGGCUGUCUACUUCCAAAAGUGUCUUGCACAAUCAGAAAAGUGCAGUGCUCUGGAUUCGAUAAAUACUUCCCAACUUAUGCUUGUCGAUGUAUCCAUUGGAAAAUAUAUGGUUCGUAGCAUAAUAAUGUAUGAGUGCUUCUCAGGAUAUAAAAGGGAAGCAGGAAGAUCAAGUGUCACUAAAUGCGAACAUAUGAAUGGGACAGUGAAAUGGACACAUUCUUUAUUUAAUUGCAUAAGUCCAUCAGGAAUUGGACAAAGCCAUGGUCCUGCUCCUGAAUCCAACAAAGCUUCUGUACCCCAAAGAAUUUUCAUAACUCACGAAGAAAAGAAUGCCAAUUCAGAAACACAAAACUGGGAGAAAGAUUACUGUGGAGCUCCCACACCAGUUGCAAAUGCUUAUAUUAAAUUAAUGAGUAGCCCUGUAGGACAGGAGAUAUUUUACAACUGUCCAGCUGGCUUUGCGAUCAAACCAGGAACUUCAGGACUGAGCAGGUGUACAAACGGGAAAUGGACAUCACCAUCAAUUGAAUGCAAUAUUGCUUCACAUUCAGCAACAGCAACAAACAGAUUAGCAUCACAAUCCACAAAUUUAGCCACAGUGAAUGAGGACAAACCCGGUGAUGUUUGUAAUUCACAUGCCAGUACACCACCUGCAUUAAUAUGGUUGCAUCCAGUAUGGGUUCACCUCUUCCUCGUUGUGCUUCCUUUUUUCAUUUUUUAUCUACUAUAAAACUGGCAAAAAAUGCCAUGCUAAACAGGACACAGACAAGUUGGAAUGCUCCAAAUAUCAUUUUGCUGAUGACAGUAGACAACCAUGAUAACAAAGAUCAUAUGCAAACCAUGUGACAAAAGAAAGACUUGGAUAUAUUUAACACUGUACGCAUUAACAGAAAACUGAUCUUUUCAGAGUUACUGCACUAAAUGGGACAUUGUUAUACUGAAAAGCAGUAUAUGUAUGGAAAUAGGCUGAAUGCUGCUGUGUAAAAGGUCUUCUAUAACUGCUGUCUUAAAGCUACUUGUGUACAUGUGCAUCAUAAUUAUCAACCUUUUUUCCUGUAGCAUACUUUCUUAACAAGGCCCUUUAUGACACAUGGUGCAGGUAGCCUUAUUUGUUUGUAUGGUAUUAGAAAUGAUUAUAAAUGUUCUGCUGUCAGAGUGGUUAGUAAUACCGGAAUAUAAGUUCCAUUUUUGGAUUGGAAUGGUUAAUAGGUUAAUAAUUCAAGUAGCUAAAGGGAAACUGGCUAGGCUUAAAAUGACUGGCAAGGGCAUAUUGCCUAGUACUUACCUAUGAACCUAUGAAUCUAUGCAAUAAUCGGUCUUGCACUGAUGGGGUUUCAGUCCCAUUACUGCCAACCAAGUGUCAUGUUUAAUAUAUGACACAGGGGUUAUGGUUACUGCAACCACACCACUGGCCACAAAUAGGUCUGUUGGCCACCAGAGGGAUGGCCUUUCAACUUACAUCACUGGCACCUAACAGGUUAAAUCAGAAAACAAUGCAUGCAAAACUGAUUCAAUGGCCAGUUCACCAAGUACAGCCUGACAUCAAGAGCAUACAAGGGAUAUGCACUGCUGUCCUGGGUAUGGGCUCCUGACAUCCACAUCCAAACUAGGACUGUAAAUGUAAUACUUAUUGAGCUGAGGCUUUGACCUAGCACCUCAGGCCCCCCCCUUCCUUACUACUGUCUCUGUGAAUGGAAAUGUUUUCAGUGCCCUUUACCCCCAGUGACUGCCUUUCAAACAUACACACACACACACACACACACACACACACACACACACACACACACACA